AUGGCAUCUGAGACUGUAGCCUGGAUUGGCCUGGGGAACAUCGGCCGGGGAAUGAGCCGCAACAUUGCGCUCAAAGGUCCCCAAAAGACCCCGUUGGCCCUCUACAACAGGACCGCAUCCAAAGCAAGCGCGUUUGCAGAGUCCAUCAACGCCGAGAAGUCCCAAGCGGCUGUUGCGGUCUCAUCUCUCUCCACAGCCGUCGAGGAUGCCUCCAUCACCUUCAUCUGCGUCGGCGAUGACCCAGCCCUCGACCAGAUCAUCAACACCAUCACCUCAGACGACUCCCUGACCCUCAAGGGCAAGAUCAUCGUCGACUGCUCCACCGUCCACCCAGACACAUCCCGCCGCAUCCAUUCCACCCUCGCCUCCAAGGGCGCAUCAUUCAUCGCGUGCCCCGUCUUCGGCGCCCCCAACGCCGCCGACGCAGGCCAGAUGGUCGUCGUCCCCGCCGGCUCCCAGGAGGCAAUCAAGCGCAUCCAGCCCUUCCUCGAAGGCGUAACCUCCAAGGCUGUUCUGGACGUCGGCCCCGAAGCCGAGAAGGACGUCGGCCGCGCCUCGCUGCUCAAGGUCCUCGGCAACACGUUCAUCCUGAACACCGUGGAGACGCUAGCUGAGGGUCUAGUCGCCGCUGAGAAGUCGGGUCUGGGCACGGACGUGUACCAGCAGUGGGUGUCGACUAUGUUCCCCGGCCCGUUUGCGAAGUAUGCUGAGCGCAUGGCGACGGGGGAGUACUUUAAGCGUGAGGAGCCGCUGUUUGCUGUUGAUUUGGCGAGGAAGGAUUUGAGGCAUGCUGCUAGCCUUGCCGAGGGGGCUGGCAUGAGUCUGCCUAGCGUGAAGGUGACCGAUGACUUCUUGAAGGUUGUCAAGGAGGAGAAGGGAGAGAAGGGGGACAUUGCUGGUGUUUAUGGUGCUAUUAGGAAGGCAUCUGGCUUGCCUUAUGAGAAUCAGUGA